AGAGCGCGUCCUGUUGUCGAGAACAGGAAUGCCCUUCCAGAUGGAAGGUGACUAGCAGAGCUGUUCUGGAGGGAGGUGGAGCGAGCACGUACACGCUCAUUGCUCCUCCUUCUCUUACUGGAAAGGUCCUGUUCAAGACCUGUUAGGUUUUUAAGCACACAUUCAAUUUCGGUUUGACUUAUGUGGCUGUCGGUCAGGUGUAGCUACACACUUUUGUUUUUACUCACUGCGAUGCGCUUUCUAACGUGAAUGGCUGAAGUUCGCUGCUGCGCCUGUUUUGUGUCCCAGUGGCCAGCUUUGCACUUGAAAGGGGGAGCUGUUGUCCCGAAGAGGUGCUCCUUUUUAAAGUUUGGCAUCCCGUCCACUUGAGCUCGUGUAACUGACUUGAGUCAACGGCAUGAGUUCAUGGAUAGGCUAGAACAUUGGACAGUCAACAGGUUAAAAGCAGAGGACUUCACCUUCAGAUUUGCAGACUUGUACUGGACCAUCAGGCCACAUGGCACUAAGCAGCUUUCGCCUCAUGAGGACCCUUCGCAACUCUCCAGCAGCCUUGCGCCGAAAAUUCAGCAAAGACCGCACUGAGAGUCUCUCCCAUGGUGAUCCUUUGUUUAAAGUGCAUUACCUAGGUAUGGAAAAGAUCUACUCCCUUCAAGUGGAUCAAGCUGAGGAAGCAAUUACCCGACUGCUAGAGGGGCUACCUGACAAGAUGGCCAAAGAUCAUGCACUUGUAGUUCGCCCACGCUACCUGGAAGUUAAGGAGAUUGCCACAGGCAGACAGUUAACCAAGACUUACCUUCAUGACAUUGCUUACUGUGCAGCAGACACUACACGACCCAAUAUUUUCUUGUAUAUAUGUAAAAAUCGGGGCCAACAGCUUCAGUGUCGAGUAUUCUGGUGCAGCAAAGCUAAACGAGCCAAAGCAAUAACUGCUUGUUUGGGGCAGUCUUUUGAGAAAGCUCUAAAUGACUGGCAGGAGACUGUGCUGGCAGAGAGGAAUGAAGUGGAGGCUGUGGUGAAGGUAGAAGCUUCAGGAAAAGUCUCCAAAGAAGAGAGGAAUCCAUCAGUGGCUUCUAGCCUACAAAGAGUUCGCUGGAGGAAGAGUCAGAUUUCACGCGUUCCCUCGAAAGUGAGGAUGAGGAGGAUAACGGAUGAAAACCGUUUGGGAAGUUAAAUAUGAGACCAAGGAGCCUUAUGAUGAUGAAGGAAUAUGAAGGGGACCAAAAUCCACAAUGACAUCAAACAAUAAAGGGUUUCACUUACAAUUUAAGGACUAUUGUCAGUUCAUUGACAAGGAAAUAUAUAUAUAUUUUCUUAUUUUGACAUAAACAAGAUGUGUCUUGUAUAUUGCAAUAGAAUUUGACUGAUAAGCUUAGUCUCAUUUCUUAGUCAUCUCAAGGUUUGCCCCUUUUUAAUAUUUUACAGGUGUUCUCUUUACAGUGUACCUAUUCAGUAUUGUAAUAUUUUGUGAUUAUCUCUUUUGAUGAAGCAAAUAUCAUAAUGUGAAAUCGCUUUUGUUUGGUUAUGACAUUGUUUUGUUUUAAUAGAAUAGCAGAAUUGCCUAAAAAUCCUCCACCAGAUAUGCUGAGCCUGUUGGAGUACGCCAAGGCUAACCUGCUUGGUCCAAAUUCAGGAAUGUGGGGACAAGUAACCUAACAGGAGAGCAGAAGCAGAUCACUACAUCUGUCGGCCUUAGUGAGCCGAGUUACCGCAUUGACGACAUUAUUUUUUAUUUUUUUCAGCUGGUCUGAUAGAAGUACACUAGCAUAUCCAAGCCAUGGAUGUUCUGUAAAAAUGUGUUCUGGUAGCAUCAUUGAUUUUGAAAUGUAGGUAGAGUUCUGCUUUUUUUUUAAUAAUUAACAAAACAUAAAAGUAACCUCAAACUGUCGUUGGUUUUCCACCCCCGUGCUGACUUCAAGCAGUAAGUGAUUUAAGCAAGGUGCAUUUUUGCCCUGAAAAGUAACUUUUAUUUAUUUUAGCAGUAUGGUCCAGAGGCCAUGACUAAAUACAUUAUGCUCAUUCAUAUUUAAUAAUGUAUUUGGAUGAGUCAGGCAGUAGUAGAAGUGGAUCUGUAUUUUCUGAGGUACCUUCAAGAGUGUGUGUGUGUGUGUGUGUGUAUGUGUAUACAGUAUAUAUAUUUUUAUAUAACACCUAACAUCUAAGUAUUUAACUGUAUUUACUGUAUAACUUCUGUGCAAUUGUUUGUAAGAAGCUAAAAUUACAUAAUUUGCUUUGUCAAGCCAUCAAAUUCGACACAUUUACAAGCUGAUGAUAUUUUCAGACAAGCUCAGAGUAUCACUAAAAUGUCACAAAAUAACUGCAUUUCCUUUUUGUAACUUAAGAAACUGCAUGGGUGUAAGAGACUAAAUGUGCAUAUUGAGUACAAUAAAAUUCAGUAUUAAUUGGCAGUUGAAUGGAUAUUGUGUUGCUUGCACCUGAGAGUCAGUUUUGUAAUUUCAUUAGCAUGCAAUUUCUGAACAUGCAGAUUUUUUUCUUUUGAAAAGUAAGGUUUAAAUCUUCUUUUAUAUGUACAUGUAUACACUUCAUCUAUGUAUACAUAUUUUGAGCAUAAUGAACUUUAAGUCUAGUUUGCAUAUUAAAAUAUACAUGUAUUAUUAACUGAUGAUACCACAUUUUAAUAGUUAAACCGUACUUCAGCUGCAUUUACAAGCUGUAUAAUAGAUUAUUUAACUUUAACAGAAUCUGCAUGCUAAGCAUAGUCUUUGAUAUGAAAAGUAUUACCCAACAUGUAAAAAGCAACUCCGUACUGAGCGAGUGUGAAGUACUUCUGACUGGUAUUUGUCGCCCUCUACUGUGUAGAGUAUUUUACAACAGAGCUCAUUAGCCAGCCUGCAAACCUGCUGGGUUUUAAAAGAUUUGUACUCCUCAAGUCCUCAUAAAACACUUCUACACAUUUUAAAAAUGAAUGAAUUUUUAAAUAAAGUUUCAUUUUAAAUAAGAGUAUUUAAACUGUUUUUAUAUAUUUUGUUGAAUGUAUGUUGGGUAGUAUAGUAUGCACACAGUAUUAUAUGAAUGUCACCCCUGCCCCUCACUUUUUAGUGCAUGUGAUGUUUGAAAAUUUUUUCAACACUUGCAGAGUAUUCUGAAUAAAUGUAAACCAUUUUAAUUAGUUAUAGUUCUGUUUUUCCACAAGAAUCUAAUUUUAGUUUUCAGAUAAUGUUUGAAGCACAAUCCCCUUUAUGUUUGUAUUUUUGUUUUUUUAUCAAGUUU